AAUGGCAGAAAAUGCAGACGGGAGCCGGAGGUUUGUGAAGGUUUUGGGGUUUAAAUGUGAAGAGAAACUUUAUUUUGGUGUUUCCACGCAGACCGAGCUUUAAGGAAGACUGAGUGAGACGCAUGCGGAGGAAAAAUGGAUAUAACGACUGCGGUGUUUAACGCGGCGAGAGACGGUAAACUGAAACUUAUCCAGAAGUUGCUGAGCAACAAAACUCCGGAGGAGUUAGAGGCGCUCGCUGAGGAGAAAACGCAGGGGGGGACGCCGCUUCUGGUCGCCUCCCGAUACGGACAUUUGGAGGUGGUAAAUUAUUUACUUGAAUACUGUAAAGCGAACGUAGAGCUCGGGGGUUCGGUUAAUUUUGACGGUGAGACGAUUGAAGGAGCUCCUCCGCUCUGGGCGGCUUCUGCCGCGGGGCAUUUACCGGUUGUGAAAACUCUUUUAAAACACGGCGCCUCGGUUAAUAACACGACCCUCACCAACUCCACUCCUCUGCGGGCUGCCUGCUUCGAUGGACACCUGGAAAUCGUGCGUUACCUCGUCGAACAUCACGCCGACAUGGAGGUCGCGAACCGCCACGGGCACACCUGCCUGAUGAUCUCCUGCUACAAAGGGCACCGAGAAAUCGCCAAGUUUCUGCUGGAACGCGGUGCUGACGUGAACCGCAAGAGCGUGAAAGGCAACACCGCACUGCAUGACUGCGCCGAGUCUGGAAGUUUGGAGAUCAUGAAGAUGCUGCUUAAGUGCAAAGCUCGGAUGGAGAGAGAUGGCUAUGGGAUGACUCCGCUGCUGGCUGCCAGUGUUACCGGUCAUACAAAUAUCGUCGAGUACCUUGUCCACCAGCCCAGAGCUACAAGAGAGGAGUGCAUCAAUGCCCUCGAGCUCCUGGGCGCAACUUACGUAGACAAGAAGCGCGAUCUGCUGGGUGCCAUGCGCUACUGGCGAAGAGCAAUGGAGCUCCGACAAGCAGGAGACAGGGCAGGCUUCCUGGCCAAGCCACCUCCUGGCCCACCCGUUCCAGCGUACGACUGCGCCCGAGAGGUGAACACGGCGGAGGAGCUGGAAGCCCUGAUUACCGACCCAGAUGAAAUGCGAAUGCAGGCGCUCUUGGUCCGAGAACGCAUCCUGGGCCCUUCACACCCAGACACAUCUUACUACAUCCGCUACCGGGGUGCUGUCUACGCUGACUCGGGAGACUUUGAGCGCUGUGUCAGUCUGUGGAAAUAUGCACUGGACAUGCAGCAGAGCAACCUGGACCCGCUGAGCCCCAUGACAGCCAGCAGCUUUUUGUCAUUCGCCGAGCUUUUCAGUUUUGUCCUCCAAGACCGUGCGAAAGGUGCACUAGCUGCCCGCGUUGCCUUCCAUGACCUGAUGGGCGUCUUGUCUAAGGGCGUGCGUGAGGUGGAGCGGGCUGUAGCGCAGCGGGAUAAUCAGCCUGAUGCAACGCAGUUCACUAAAGCCCUGUCCAUCAUCCUCCACCUUGUGUUCUUGCUGGAGAAGCUGGAGUGCAGCCCAGCACAGGAGCACCAGAAGAAGCAGAGUGUGUACCGACUCCUCAAGCUGAACCCAAGGGGCCGGAAUGGCUUCACGCCCCUGCACAUGGCUGUGGAUAAGGAUACGACAGCGGUGGGCCGUUACCCAGUGGGGCGUUUUCCGUCUCUGCCCGUGGCUGCGCUGCUGCUGGAGUGUGGCGCUGACGUGGACUCACGUGACUCGGAUAACAACACGCCGCUUCACGUGGCAGCCCGUAACGGCUGCCCCAAACUUAUGACUCUGCUGGUGCACGCUGGAGCACACUUUGAUGCAACCAAUGCACAACGCAAGAUGCCUUACGAGCUGCUGGAGGAAGCAGGCGGAGCAAGGCAUGCCCUGCACCCUCUCAGCCAUGUCACGUUGCAAUGCCUGGCUGCCCGUGCUGUCGAGAGACACAGAGUGUCCUACAAGGGGCUCGUCUCUGAGGAAAUGGAGGCCUUUAUCGAGCUCCAUUGAUCUUACCUCAAAAUCCUAAUUUGACUCCAGGUUCAGAUCACGUCCUCUAUUUUUGAACUACUUCCUGAACCGGUCUUCACCUCUCUUCUCUCCCUCCUUGUGUCUCUACGUCAGGUCUCACCCGUUUCUGAGGACCGUCUUGAUGAAACGGAGGCCUUCAUCGUAUUGCACUGAUGUUACCUCCCUGUCUUCCUGCUCCAUCUGACCUUUUCCCUUUAGGCAGACUAAAUCUUAAGCCUCCUCACCACUUCCUCAGGCUUUAUCUGAAUCACAGCAAUAAUCCCAGGCUACUAAUCACAAACAGGGAAAGCUUUGUACUUUUAGCAGUGUGUGCUCAUUUCUAAGUCUCCUCUUUUCCUCUCUGCCUUGUAGGGGCUUGUUGAAGAAAAACAUUUACAAGAACUGAGACUCUUUGAUGCUCUAGGAUACUAUUUGCAGGGAAAAGACUUUUUGUGGUUUGAUUCAGGCUUUAUUUGUAAUGUGCCUAUUUUUUUUCUCUUUCUGCCCCUUUUUUCUUUUUUAUGUUCCCCUUUAUUUCUUUGUGAGCAGAAAAUGAACAAAUUUUGCCUGUUUGUAUUUAUGUAUAAAGAUUAAAUGGUGACAGGGUGGAUUAAGGCAAGGUUGAACAUCUGCAUUAUAUUUAGCAAUGAUGCUCUUUGCUGACUGACAGACUAUGUGUAAGAAUGAAGUAAGUGUGGUUAGUUUACUCGGUUUUUGCAUGCUCAUUUUGUAAUGCAAGAGCAACACUCACAUCAGUAUUGACGAUCAGAGAUUUUGAUCUGAUUAAUUCCUUUCAUCAAAUCUCAUACUACGAUGUGGUUUUAUUUAACUUCCCCAUGUUGUAUCAUCAAAGAUGUAGGCCUAUAGGCUGAUGCCUCUGGUGCCAAAUAAUAGCCUUAUGUUUCCAUGAAUUUGAUGCAUUUUGCUUCGAAAGCAUGAAGUCCUAAUAUUUUUGUGUCCUUGUCAGAACAAGCAGUACUAACGUGGCUAGCAAUGAAUGAAAGCCAGUGUUGCUGUGCUGAUGAGGUCAUGCUAGCUGCAGCCGUUUAUUCUUAGUGACAUCAGGAUUGUAUGGUUGAAUUACCCCUUGUAUAAGCGCAGCUAAGUGGGUGACGGCGGGAUUGCGGAACAUCUGUGUUAUGCUUUGCACUUCAUUAACCACACAAGAGCAGGAGAGAAUUUGGCCUCUGUGGCUUCUCCCUUCUUUGUAAAAUUAUUCUAACAUUCAGGACUUGGCACUUUACCCAGUACGAGACGUCUGGGGUAACCAGUGAUAUCUAUGCAGUUUUAUCAGCAAAAGUGGAUUUCCAUCAACAGAUCUGGCAACCUGGGUCUGCUUUAAAGUAGGACAUCCAGCUCAACAUGUAUGACUCUUAUUACAGUCUUAUUUCUGAUUGUCCUUUCUUUUUGUGUCAACAUGCUGGUUCCGCUGUAAAUCCUACUCGAAUGAAAGCACUUUGAAACAUGCUAACACUACUUAGCCUCUAAAGCAAAGAUCCGCUCUCAGUGACUUGUCACAGGUGUAAUUAAUUUAAGACAGGUCAAAUGAGUUUCGAGAUGCCUGAAUAAAAUUCAAGGAUCACA